CGACACCGCUUAGCUCGGCCGUGUUUGUUUUCACAGGUCACUGCUGCUCUUUGAAUUAAACUCCUCCAAGUAAAAUACCCCCCGGAGAGGUUACCUCGGCAACAUCGUGUAAACUCAACAGCCCCGUGUCGUAGGAGCUGCCUGCAGAAAGAAGUGCCUGUGAGCUCCGCAGUCAGGAAAAGACGCCGAAAAUCGAAUCCAAAAGUGUGUAAUCUAUGUUGAAUUCCUCGCUGGCCAGCAAAGGAAGGCGGCUGUGAGCUGAAAAUGCUUUGUAACUUCUCUUUAGGUUGCUGUGCCUCUUUCGCUCUUUGCUACUGAAGCACCAGGUUUCUGGACCUUAAUACAUUUAAGGACAGUAUGUCUGACAACCAACAAAAUAAGAGGAGAAGCAAAAAAGGUUGUGGAAGUGUUGCUGCUCUUCAGGAUGCAGAUAAGACAAUGGAAGAAAUGCAUCAGUCAUACAAAGCUCUAGGAAAAAACAGCCAAACAACAUCAACAUCCAGACCAUGGCCAGACCAACAAGUGACGAGUUUUCCAAGUAAAAAUCUGUUUGCAUUCCAGAGGAGACAUCCCACUUCUUUAUCUUUCUUCCCAAAGAAAGACAACAUGGGAUAUGCCUUUGACUUCAGCUUUCUGCUACGGACCUCAUGCCCAGAAUACAACAUUUUAAAGUCAUUCGUGGAUUUAGAUACUUUUCAGAUAAUAAAAGCACAAACACAACAAAGGUUAAAUAUAACAAUGCUAAAAACCAGGAACAAGAGAUCUGAGUUUCAUCUGCCACCAGUGACAUGUGAGCCUGUAAGAACAAUUCAUCUUGCUCCUCUAGAGGAUGAUAUUGUCAAUGAAAGCAGCAACAUCAGAAAUAUUUUAAAUAUUAUGAACUCUAUUCCUCAGCCUAUAAAAUCAGUUACCAAACUUUAUUAUAAUCAGUUAGACAAUCUAUUCAAAAGGCACAGUGAAAAGUCAUCAGACUUGAUUGUGGCUACAAUUUCUGAUAAAGUCACUCCAGCAGAAGACCUGUACUGCUUCAGCAUGAGGAACUGUUCUAAGUACCCCAGCAAGAAGAAAGAAGGAGUUCAGAGCCAUUUGGGAUGGAGGGAGGCUGCCGUAGGUGCCCACGCUGACAGGAAUGAGCAGGUGGAGUUCCAGUGCUCGGUGGUUUGUGAGAACACCGAUCCUGUGAGCCAAGCCGGGCUCUGUGAUGACGGUCACCCCCACCUGAGCUCCAGUGAUGUUCUGGUCAGCUGUGGCAGAGCUCAGACAACAUUUACCAUGUCGAGCAGCAGCGAUGCCUCAAGAGCUGGCAACGAGCAAAGGGCAACAGAGAAUUGCUGCAGCACUGGCCCAGAAGAAGGAGAUGCUGCAGAGAUGGUGCUGGAUUGUGCACCGUGUGAAGGUGCUGAAAGUGCAAACUCUGUGCUUGGCAGUCAUGAUGUAGAUCCUUCCUGUGAAAAUGAAGUGGCAGAGGCCUACCAUGCCUUAGAAGAUAAUUCUGUAGUUGCAGUAAUUCCCACAGUAGAAGUUCAAGAUCCCUCUGGAAAGCAAACAGAAAAUUGUGUCUGUCUCUCUGAAUCUGAAAUGGAAAAAGAAGAAAUGUCAGAAGCUACUCCAGAAGACCAAAGUGAGCUUGUACCUGCUGUUCAUGUUACAUUCUCUGAGCAAGAGCCAGCCAGGGAACCACACAUUGCUAAACAACCCCCCCCAAAAGAGAGUGGUGUUCAUGGCCUGCCUCCUCAGGGUACUCGCAAAGAAAAUGACAAAAAUAAAAGAAAGAUUAAUAGAAAUAAAUAUUCAUCCAAAUCUAAAAUUAAUAACAAGCUAAAGAUGUCUAAAGACUUCAUUGUUUCUGAUGAGAUUACCGCAAAACAUAAUGCCAAGAGUCAGAUUUUUCCUUCUUUAGAACUGCCACAGGUGAAAUCUGAGACUUCCCUGAAGUGUCAGAAAAAAAAACCUCAAGGAGACAAAGGCCAUUUUUCUCAGAGUGCUCAGAAGCUCAAAAAGCAAAGUUUCUCCUGCAGUUGCAAAAAUUCAGUUGAGUUAAAGAACAGUGUUACUCCACUUUCUCUGCCACACGCACCAUCUGCCUUAGAUUUUGGAGACCUGAAAUACAGUGACAUGUUCAAGCAAAUCAACUCAAAUGACCAAGGCCCUGGGAUUUAUGAAAUGUUUGGAACUCCUGUGUAUUCCCACGUGCGGGAGCUCGAGCGACACGAGAGCAGGUUUUAUAAAAGUGUUUGUUCUGCUCCCUCAGGGAGAGGCACUGUCAGCACCUGCAGAUGUACCUGCACCAAAGGGAGGGAGAGCAGCAGGGUAAGAAACACUCCAAAGAAAACACAUCCCAAGCCAAAGAAGACAAAACCUGGCACUAAACAAAAGCAGAAAUGUUCAAUCCCAAAGGAUGGAAGUACCAAGUUGAGUGACAGCAACACAGAGCAAGAUAAUGUGGUAACUUCUGAUGCAGAUUUUCAAACAAACACGUCAAGGAGCAUGGCAUUGUCUCAUGGAGACACAGAUCACCAGCUUCUGUUGUUAGAAGAGCUUUCUCAGUCAACUAAGCAAAAUGAAAUUUUUUCAAAUUCAAACUUAUCAACUAUCAAAGAAGUUACUUUGGAGCAGUCUUUAGACAGACAGGAUGUAUCCAACCAUCAGGGAGCUGCUCCGUGUAGCCAGAAUCUUCUUCAGCUCAGUGAUGAAGACUGCAGAGACUGUGUUGCUCCAAGGAGCAGUCUGCUAACAACAGACCAGAACAUCUGUGGAUCCCAGUGCAGAGGGAAUAUGGAUGGUGGCAAAGGCCUGGAAUCAGACCAGGCCUCCUUCAAGUCUGUCAAUAAGGGUGAAGCAUCACCCUUUUCAGAUAGACUGGAGUGUCAAUCCCCUACAGAAAAAUCAAAUCACAGUUGGGCAAACACACUCCAAAAUAGUAUUUUGGCAAAUGAAUUGAGUCAGCCUUCAGUGACUAAAAGCCCCAGUUUCCAGACAAGUCAAAACACUUUGUCCUGGACAGAUAAAGAUGUGACUGAUGAGUUGCUUUGUUGCCUGGCUGAAGAAUUGCUAAUGCUUGAAGAAAAAGACAUGAACUCUGCAAGAACAAAACAUACAGGUUCUAAAAUGCAAAACACACAUGCUGAAGAAGAAAACAUGGUUAGUGGAGAUGGAGCAAUAGUAAAUAAUGCUCUAGAGAAGCUGCCCACUGAUUCUUCCAGUGCUCUGUUGAAGACACCCAUGUUAGAGGCUGCAUGUCAGGACACAAGCCAGAAGAGUUGCAGUAAAGCCUUUUUGGCACCAAGUGAAGAAAGUGGCCUUCUAAACUUAGAUGAAUCUACUACAUUUCCAGGAAGCAGCUUAACUACCAAGGAUCCUAUCAUGUGGACAAGAGGGGAAGUCCUUGGAAAGGGAGCCUAUGGCACAGUGUACUGCGGUCUGACCAGCCAGGGACAGUUAAUAGCUGUAAAACAGGUUGUUUUGGACACAUCAGAUCAACUCACUACAGAAAAGGAGUACCAGAAGUUUCACGAGGAAGUUGAUCUCUUGAAGACAUUGAAGCACGUCAACAUUGUAACUUACUUAGGCACUUGUCUGGAACACAACAUUUUAAGCAUUUUCAUGGAGUUUGUUCCUGGCGGCUCCAUUUCCAGUGUUAUCAAUCGCUUUGGCCCGUUGCCAGAAGUUGUCCUUUGCAGGUACACCAGGCAAAUUCUGCAGGGGGUUGCCUAUUUACACGCCAACUCUGUGGUGCACAGAGACAUCAAGGGCAACAACGUGAUGCUCAUGCCCAGCGGGACGGUGAAGCUCAUUGACUUUGGCUGUGCCAGGCGCUUGGCCUGGCUCAGCCCCGGCGGCACCCGGAGCGAGACGCUGCGCUCCGUGCACGGCACUCCCUACUGGAUGGCCCCGGAGGUGAUCAGCGAGUCGGGAUACGGGAGGAAAUCAGACAUCUGGAGCGUCGGCUGCACCGUGUUUGAGAUGGCAACAGGAAAGCCGCCCCUGGCUUCCAUGGGCAGGAUUGCAGCCAUGUUCUACAUCGGGGCCCACAGGGGGCUGAUGCCUUCCCUUCCCGAGGGAUUCUCCAGCGCUGCUGUGGAUUUUGUGCGUGCCUGCUUAACCAGAGAUCAACAUGAACGUCCUUCUGCUCUGCAGUUGCUGGACCAUCCCUUUGUGAAAGGAAGACAGUGAAUUUUUCAAAACUCUUGCCAAGUACCAAAUACCUGAUCACCACAAUGGAAUGGGAGCAAAGGAAACAAAUGAGACUUCAGACUUUCAAGCAGUCUGUUAUUUGACUGAUUUGAUGAAAACCAGCAAUGUUUAGCCAAUAACUGAAAGAGGACCUUUGUGUUUCCAACUUUGUAGAAAUUCAACAUAGGAAAAUGGGAUCAUUUCUGCACAAUAGAGGUGAGGUAGGGAAUUUUAUUGAAAAUACUUUUUUUUUUUUUACAAGUUCUUAGAAAUAAAGUUUUUUCUAAUCUCACACAAAUGGCUGUACCUCAAAAAUGCAACUAAGCUAUUAUGAAACAUUUAUAUUUACAAUUAGCCAGAAGAAUGUACAGAACUGCCAUGUUAUGCAAAUAGCCAAGACCCAGCUCACAGUGAGAUACAUUAGCCCAGCACUCCCACCAUCAGGAACAGACCAAGAUUCAACAUACGAAAGAAUUUCACUAUUCUACAAACCUCAGAUCUCACAAACAGGGAGGAUUUUUAAUAGUGUUGUACCAAGGUCUCCACUACAGUGUCAUUUUACAAAUUAUAUAAUUCUUGUACUCAAAUUUAUAACAAAAAAUCUGUAAUAAGUGAUGAACAAAGGAACAGUGUUGACUUUGAGCCUUUUAUUGCAUUUAUUCAGUCAUUCCCGGGUGAGGCCAACGCCGAUCCCGUCAGUUUUCAUUCCUUCCCACCCCUCAGCCAGGCUGCCAUUCACACCAGUCACUAAUUUCAGUCAGGGCAAACUAGUGGCACCUGGCUGCAUCUCCUCUCCCUCCCUCUCAGCCCCAGGGAUCACCACUGAUUUCAGUGGUGGAAUUC